GCCCGCCCCCCGGCCGCCUCUGCCGCCGCGCGCCGCAGCAGCGCCGCCUUCCCUGCGCAGUCGGUGUCUCGGCGUCGCUGGGUGGGACUUGGCGGCCAUGGGCAAGCAGAACAGCAAGCUGCGGCCCGAGAUGCUGCAAGACCUGCGGGAGAACACAGAGUUCUCGGAGCUGGAGCUGCAGGAGUGGUAUAAGGGCUUCCUCAAGGACUGCCCCACAGGGAUCCUCAACGUGGAUGAGUUCAAGAAGAUCUACGCCAACUUCUUCCCCUACGGCGAUGCCUCCAAGUUCGCGGAGCACGUCUUCCGCACCUUUGACACCAACAGCGACGGCACCAUCGACUUUCGGGAGUUCAUCAUCGCGCUCAGCGUGACCUCGCGCGGCCGUCUGGAGCAGAAGCUCAUGUGGGCCUUCAGCAUGUAUGACCUGGACGGCAACGGCUAUAUCAGCCGAGAGGAGAUGCUGGAGAUUGUGCAGGCCAUUUACAAGAUGGUUUCCUCUGUGAUGAAGAUGCCAGAGGACGAGUCGACCCCUGAGAAGAGGACUGAGAAAAUCUUCCGCCAGAUGGACACGAACAAUGAUGGCAAGCUGUCCCUCGAGGAGUUCAUCCGUGGAGCCAAAAGCGACCCCUCCAUCGUUCGCCUGCUGCAGUGUGACCCCAGCAGUGCCUCCCAGUUCUGAGUGACAGGAGCCAGGUCCCUCCACCCCGCCUUCACCGGCCCUGCCGGCUCUCAGCUUCCUCUCCUUUGUGUCUAUCCAGGCUGGGGGCCAGACUGGGGAGCCCCCCCCCCUUCCCAGGUCUGCACCUUUGGGUGGAGGCCUCUGGCGAAGGGAACUCUGAAAGCAAGGGGCCCAAUCAAGCAGGUGGCCAGCAUCCUACAAGCCUAGAGGCAGUGUCUGCCCU